AUGGCAAAGAGGAUCUCUGACUUGAACGAUGACCAACGCUAUGUGACCUUGAUGGUGGACGAGGUCCACAUCAAACCGUUUUUUGAUUAUAAAGGAGGUAGCAUUGUCGGUGUCGCACUUAAUUCCACAGAAGUAGCGAAUAGUGCGUUCGUGUUUAUGGUGCAAAGCAUCAAGUGCCGAUUUAAGGAAGUCGCUCACGUCGUACCCGUGCACGGAGCCAACGCCGAGUUUCUGCACAAGUUGCUUAGAGACGUGAUUUGCGGGCUCGAGAAAAUCGGGUACCGAGUGAUGUGCGUCGUAACGGAUAACAACGCAGUGAAUCGAAAGGCUAUGGCUCUCUUUAAGAGCUCGAUGGACAGCCACGACACGCCUGGUACAACAACGCGCAACCAGGACACGCCUGACACAACGAUGCGUCGUUCAAACGAGUUCUGCUACCCACAUCCGUCUGAUCCCAACAGGCCGCUGUUUUUUGUGAUCGACACUGUACACAUAACCAAGUGUAUACGCAAUAAUUGGCUGAAGCAAGACGAUCAAUGCUUCUGGUUCCCCGAGCUUCAUGCUGACACAGAAGGCCAGCGGCGCAUGCUGUGUGCGUCGUUCAAAACCAUCAAAGCUGCCUACGACUUGGAAUGUGACCAACUGCUGCGCUAUGGAUACAAAGUGUCAAGGAAAUCCCUUUGCCCGUCGAGUAUUGAGAAGCAGAACGUGAAACUUGCUCUCCAGAUAUUUGACAGCUCUCUUCCCAGUGCCCUCCGUGCCAUUGGAGAGAAACACAACCUGAAGUUUUUCAAGGAGACGGCCACUUUCAUUGAGAUUAUAGUAACGUGGUGGAAAAUUGUCAAUGUAAAGACACCCGGCAAAGGAAGCAGGCUGAAAGAUCGGUUCCAAGAACCUGUGCGCCCGGCUCCAGACGACGAGAAGGUAGAUUUUCUCUACGACAUUUUAGACUGGUUGGACGAAUGGCAGAAAAAUGCAAACAACUGCAAAUUGACCGACAAAACUCAUACCGCACUGCACCAGUCAACUUACGCGCUUCUCGAAAUAUGCAGGUACUGCUUCGAAGAACUCAACCUGUCCUACGUCCUCCUCGGGAAAUUUCAGACGGACUGUUUAGAGGACCGCUUCGGAAGGUACCGGCGGCUGGCAGGUUCCCAAUACCAUAUCUCAAUACGACAGCUUUAUGAAGGAGAAAACAAGCUUCGGCUGCAGAACACACUUGCACCGAUUGGCAAAGCUUCUGAAACAGAGAGAGAUGAAAAAUGGGAGGAAAUGCAAAAACGACGAGACGCGCCGCGCCCUAGCUACAACAUAGUAGUAACAGAAGACUCCCUUUCAAAAAUAAAAGACAUCGUCCCCGUUCUAGCCUAUGUGGCAGGAUAUGCGGUGUACGCGACGGUGAAGAAGCUAAAGUGCGAGAACUGCAAAAAUGCCCUGACAACAGACCACACGAUCACAGCCGCCACCGGCCAUGAGCACUAUCAUCUCAUCAAAGAGAUUGACAGAGGAGGCCUUCUGUACCCAGCAAUGACCGCAGUCAAUGCCGUCGCCCACAACUACGUUGUCGUGGAGGAAAUGUCGAAGCGGGUGGACUUCUUAACGAUGAGCAACCAACGCCAGCUGGUCACGGAGCUCACACUGGACUUGCUAGUCGACGAGGAUUGCGACUUCGAUGUGUGUGAAGAAGGACACACGAGUGAGGUCGUGCUGAAACAUCUGUUGUGGUGCUCUACAAACAUUCUACUAAAAAACUUUUGCCGCAAGCUCAACGACAAAGUUGUCGAAACGAACAACAAAUCUAAGAAACGAAAACUGGCCACGUUAACAAAAAAAUGAUGUGGAUAUUCUAGCAU